AUGACUCAGUUUCCCAGAGAGCGCCAACAACAACGUGGUUUUGCCACACCCUGGAGGGCCGAGCAAAAGCAUGCUCUUGGCAGUGCUCCACAGAGUAGGGAGAGGCUUGCCAUGAACCACCUCACAUUCUGCUCCAACACCAAGACUGGUGUAUCUCACUUCCACUGUGGGAAACUCUACACCAACCCUGAAUAA